CUUUCCCUCUUUCAGUCUCUCUGUAGCACUGUAAGCACUUGAGAUUAAGUAGAAUUUAUGGAAUUGUGACACACCUGUUAUACUGAUAUUUACCAGCCCUUCGUCCCAAUGACUGAUACAGAAAUGGUACAAAUGUCCUUCAAAGACAGUGAGGACUAUUUGGAGAAGCCGCCUAAGCCUCACUGGUACGAGCAAUACGUGCAGCCGUGUCUUGCGGAGCUUCUGGGCACUAUGUUAUUUGUGUUUAUUGGUUGUGUGUCGGUUAUUGAGAAUGGAGACAGUACCGGCAGACUGCAGCCAGCAAUAGCACACGGCCUCGCCCUAGGAUUAACCAUCGCUAUCCUGGGAGGAAUAAGUGGUGGGCACUUUAACCCCGCGGUUUCAUUAGCUGCCUGGAUCAUUGGAGGCCUCAAUACAUUUCUGGUGUUUCCGUACUGGGUUUCCCAGCUGUGCGGGGGAAUGAUUGCAGCUGCGCUGGCCAAGGCUAUGACUGUAGAGGAUAACUACCAAAACUCCACCGGAGCGGCCUUUACAACUAUGUUCACUGAUGAGCAACUCCCAAGGGCCAUUGGAGCUGAGAUAAUCAUGACAUUCUACCUGGUGAUGGCGGUUUGCAUGGGAGCUAUCAAUGAGAAGACCCGAACUCCACUGGCGCCAUUUUGUAUCGGUUUCACUGUGACUGUGGAUAUCUUAGCUGGUGGCGCUAUCUCUGGAGCUUGCAUGAACCCUGCACGAGCUUUCGGUCCAGCUGUGGUUGCUAAUUACUGGAGUUAUCACUGGGUGUACUGGGUAGGACCCAUGGCAGCUGGUCUAUUGGCUGGUGGAAUCAUAAGGCUUUUACUGGGGGACAACAAAAUCCGACUCUUUUUAAAGUGACGUGAGGAAAAGAGUCUCCCUCCUGACCUAUGGGCACAUCCAGGACCUCUGUCAGAAGAUAGGUGCUACCCUGAGUCUUCUCCGUUAUAUUCUGGACAUGAACUUUCUCAGUUAGCCACGAGGACCUGGAAUGAGGGAUAUCGGCCUCCUAACUGCAAUAACAGCCAUCCUGGCAUGAACGGUUUACAGGGACAUGUUGAGGACCCUGCAAGUGACAAGGAGGGGACAUUGCCUCUUCUCUCACCACAGGAGUCCUGCUGUGAGCAGUCAAAGACCUGAGGGGGGCUCUUGUACAACACUGAACAUUAUUUUCUUUGACUUACAAUUGGACAAACUGACAUGCUUUACCAUUGUGCCACUUUUUGGCACAUUUUUCUCAUCUUGGCCUGACCAUAUGGGUUAUAUUGCAUAGUAUUAUAUCUUAGGCCAACACAGAGGCCAAGAGACUAAAAUGACAGUAUGGUAUAAUUAACACACUUUUUUAUAUACAUACUGUAUUCAGAAUCCCUCUCAUUUUUUGUUUUACAUUUUUUUAAUACCUUCUGCUGUACAGUAUAAAUGAUACAUUAUUUGCUCAUUAACGGGAUAUUAACGUCAAUAUUUUUAUAUAUGCAUAGUAUAUACAGUAUAUCAGCAAUUUGGCACUGUAUGCCAAAAGAUGUGCAUAGAAAAUAAAUCUUUUAAAAAAACUCUAA